AUGGUGCUCCCGUUAUCCUGGCUCGACCCGAGCCCUCUCCAACACCCAUAUCUCGCGAGUAUGUUCGUGAUCAACACCUCCCGGAACCGCGCUUGGGUUGGUGAGUUCGCUAGAGAUAUUUGCGAGGACAAGCCCGAAAUGCAGGGUCUUCGCGCCAUUGCUGCGCAGUGGAACAAGCACGCAUUUGAGCGAGACCCAUCUGGCGGCCCCAAAGACACCGGCGACGCUCCGCUGCGGUUCGACCAAGACGCUGCUCGAAUCUUUAUCAAGUUCUACUACACGUUGCACCGAGAUGGUGAAAGCGCGGCGGUGAAGAUCGUCAACGCUGAAUUCAAGCGACGCGGCUUUGAUUACGCACCUAAAGUCGAGGUUUCCACUGCCGUUCCCCCGGCUCGCCAGAAAAUGAACAACAGACGCACUUUGGGGAAGAAGAAGAAGGGAAGCGCGAACGUUUCUGAAAAAGGAACCAAUGCUGCAAGUACUACAGGGGACGCUUUGCCGCUCAACGCGUGUCUCGUCCUUGAAGAGGAAGAAAACAAAGAGAUCACCACGUUUGCUACCGACCGCGAGUUGAACGUCUUCCUCGAACCGCAAGAUGCUAGGAGCGGGCCGCCCUCUCGUGCACCUUCUUUCCCUUCCACGUCCGCCACUCUCGCCGCCUCUUCGUCGUCCACCACUCUGUCGGCGACAGAUGUCGGCAUGUCCCUCGCGGACCCUGCCCUACCGCCCUCUGAAACCACCAAGCCCCUGACGAAGAGAGUAUUCUCUGCCAAUACACCCCGCGAGCGUCAUCCAAGGAACGCGUCGCACCCCGCGCGUUUGAAGGCGAUCCUCGAGGCCGAGUCUCCCCGGAAGCUCAAGAAGCUGAAGCGCGGCAUCACGGACGACUUCGAAGAGGUCUCCCCGGCCCACGGAGCGGCCCCCGACGGCUCGUCUGUCUCGACGCCGCUCGCGCGCGAGGUUGGCAGGGAUCGAGUCGUCGAAGACAAGUCGAAGGGGAUCAAGAAGCCGAAGAAGAAGGUCGCAGCUAGCGAAGAUCAGAGCGAGGCGCGAAUGGACGUGGAGGAACCAGGACCGUCUUCGUCACCAGUUGAAAGAGGCAUCAAGAAACCGCGACCGAAGUCGGGAACGAAGAAGCCCAAGAAAGACGUGGCACUUCAAGCGGCUCAUGCGUCGAAGGACGGCAAGGGGUUGAAGAAAAUCGACGACUUGCCCUCCCGGCCUACGAAGAAGCAACGCGGGAAGGACUCUGAGGCGAUUUGCAGCAACCCGAUAGAUCAGCCCGAUGCUGCCAUGAAGAAACAUGCUCGCAAGAGCAAGGCCUCGAAGGCCGUCGACGACCACAAGGCUGGCCCCUCACAAUCAGUCAAGAAACCAACCGAAGGUCGCAAGCGCAAGCGCGAGCCAGAGGAGACGCAUAAUGGCCUUCAAACAGACAUGGCCUCGGCAGCAGGCCAACGUAUGACAGCGCCGAAGCCGAAGCGAGUCAAACAGCCUAAGGCUCGCGCGAACAAGGCCCCUGUUCCUGUCGCCGGGUGCCUCGGAAUUCCAGCGGACGUCAAAGAGAUGAACCAGAUUCUCAAAGACGGGUCGACGGAGGCGUUGAUGAUUUUGCACAGCACGGAAACGAUUGCCGAUCCUUGGGGGAAUCAUCCAGAAGCGAAAGACUUUCCACCAGACUCGGACGACGAAGACUCAGACAGUGAGGUUGAUUGGCGUGCUGUCACUCUUCCUCCGGAACCACGCAUGCGACUGCAGGUCGACCUUAGACGACGUCGCUCCGCCUCUCCGUUCUCAUUGGAUCGUUCAAUCUCUAUGUGCCGGCCUGUAGCCAGCCACACCUCUGCUUCCGGCUCGCUUUCAUUCCGUGCCAUACCCCCUCGUUUGUUAUCACACGGCUCUACCCUUCCCUCUCUUCCAAAGCCUCCAUUGCUAGUACAACCUGUCGUGUGGGCCAGGUCCAGACAAGAAGUAUGCGAGGCAUUUGACUGGUUCAGAUCCUACCAGGGGGGUGUAUACUUCGCCGAUAACAUUGUCAAGGGUUACUUGCUGAGCGCAUUCUCGUCAGCCCGAGAUAUGUUCCAUCGAGGCGGUCGCCUCAUUAUCUCACAUGGAGGCGGAAAGGCCGAGAGUCUGCACCACCAGCAUGGUCAGUCGGUCAUGCGCCAAGCCUCGGAUCAGCUUGCCGACGAUAAGUCCGUCCGUGCACUGCUCAACACGUACCGCAUGAAGUUGCCCGUUGCUCUGGUCAUCGACGACCGGUACGCCCUCUUCCCGUACGAUCUCUCCGCAAAGCCCAACUGCACGUACGCCGUUCUCGGCUUCUAUCAUAUAUCCCAUGUGUGGGCGGAGCCGCACACUCUACCCGAUGGCCGAGGCGCAGUCGUUCGCUACAAGUUUGCCUUCGAAUGGUGCGAGAAGCAGCCUGCACCGUGGUGGCAUCAGCAAGACUCGGAGAUGCAGAUCCACCGGUCAACCUCGAGAAACACUGAAGAGCUAUACAAACCUUACGUGUGCCCGGGGUGCAAGAAGGCCUCCCCGCAGGUCUACAAGGACGUCCGCGUGUGUCUCCAGCCGGCAUGCGGCGAGUUCUGGAGGCUCCUCGACGGCUCGCCUCCGCUCGAACCUCUGGAGUACGACGAGCGGUUCCUGGACGCGCCGUACGACUGCAGCCAUGGCAUUCUGGAGGACAUCGCCCCCUCGCUGCCUGUGACGGACAAGGCCGACGGCGUCAUCACGACCUCUCGGUUUGCGAAGGGGUGGCACUGCAAGAAAUGUGGCAGACUCUCGUCCAGGUACAAGUGGCAGCACUGGGAAUGUGCCGCUUGUGGGAACACGCUGCGGAUCGAAGGAAAGAACCGAGUCCCGAAGGAUUUCUGGGGGCAGAAGAGCGAUAUAUUCUGGCAUUAUAAGGUUUCUGCAAUUUCUGGUAUCCUUUGCUCCGGCUCCAGACCUUACCGAGUAGAUGACCACGUCGGUGAAUAUUUCGUAUACACCCUUCCCGAGCGCAGGGGUCGUAUCUUCUGCAUCACCGGCAGCGUUCCCCUGAACAAAGUUGCGAACGAGAUCUUCGAAGAGUACCAGAACCAAGCAAAGUCAGGCGAACUGCAGUUGCGCAGGUGGCCGCUGCGGAUGCACCAAUGCCGUGGAGAGCUCCUGACCAACUACUUCUCGCAAAAUACUGGCGAGCCGUAUCAAUAUGUUGGUGGGACGAACCAAACCGUUCCCUUCAGCCAAGCCCCCGAGAGCGGCGGGUAUCAGUUCAAUGAGGUGCUCAGCGCCGCGUACAUGGAGGAGCAGAGGAUGGCAUUCCACAGUGAUGCAGAAGCGGGUCUUGGUCCGCGAGUGGCGUCGCUAUCUCUUGGCUCUGCUGCUCUGAUGCACUUCCGAUUGUUGAAGAAGUAUCGCACGGACAAGGCGGGGGGCGACAAAGUGAACGCGCUGACUCUUUUCCUGAGACAUGGUGAUGUGCUGAUCAUGGACGGGGCGGAGAUUCAGGAGUAUUAUGAGCACACGGUCGUCCCCUUCAACUUCCGCAUCGCCGCAACAGCUCGAUACAUCGGCGGACCCAACUCUCGAGCUGUCGUCGUUUAA